AUGUCGCGCAAGGAUCGUUCACGAUCCCCCAGCUCGGCGGAUUCCCUUCAGAUCUCCAAAACGAUCGCCGGUUUUGGCCGCUAUCCCCAGAAACGGCCACGGGGUCUCCCUGUAGACACCUUGGGCUGUAUGAAGUUGGAUGACAUCAUGCGAUGUUGGGGGUUUGCGCAAGGCUUGGAGGAGAAAGACAUCAUGCAUGCAGUACGGCAGCAUAUGUUCAGGGAGACGGCGGGUGGCGGCUCCUUGCGCUUUGCUAUGGAUGGUGACGCGGAUGGUGGAAUCGUCAUCCGAGUCAUGCCCACAGACAGAGACGUCGACAGAGGGGGUCGGCCUCACCGUUCCCGCGGCUUGCGCGACAUGCCCUACGAAGGGGUGCUGGGCCGUGCGUUUGGCAUGCGGCCACCAGAACAGCGAGUCCCCAAGAUGAUUGGCAGCGUGCUCCGGACACCCUUGCCGAAGCCCAUGCCCACGUCGCCCAACGUCAACGGCGCUCUUUCGCGGGCGAAGCAGAAGGGCAACAAGCUGGACAUGUCGCUGGACGAUGUGAUCCGCUCAGAAGAGGUCAUUGACCUGGAGGCAGAUGACCGAGUGAAUCCUUUUAGCCGGAAGCGCGAGCAGGUCUUGAACAAGGUGCGGCAGAUGGGUUUGCAUCCUGACACCAUGCACUUGCGCCGCGCACCGCAAGACACGGAUUUCUUUCCAAAGGGAGGCCGGCGUGGUGAAGGCCGUAACCAUCGUCGACGCUGGAGUCCACAGGAGAAGGUGCAACGUUGGGUGAGCUGGGUGGUUCAAGCUGGAUACCAGGAACUGGGCAUCAUGCUGGCCGAAGGGGGCUGGGUGGACAUUGCCGCCCUAGCGGCAGCCAUUCCCAAGAGUAGGCCCGACUUCGGGGACUUCGACGCGGAGAAGCUCAAGGUCUUCAUCCAGGAGAGGUCAGAUCGCGUGUCAUCAAAGCGCCAGCCUUGGGAACUCGCAGACAGAGAGUGGAUGCUCGAGACUGGUCGCAUCGAUAAGAAUGUCUUGGGUGAACUCAAGCUGAAGCAAAAGGUUCACGCCAAUUACGAGAGCCUGAUCAACUUCUUCAGCAAGUUCGGGAGAAAGGGGCCGACGUCAAAAGAACUGGAGGCAGCAAUCAUGGAAGCCGACGACAAGUUGAAAUUUCUAAUGGCCAAGAAGAUCAAGGACAAAAAGGGCCCUCAACCUGCAGAAGUCCUACACCCGGAGGAGCAGGUGGAGGAGGCUGUUCCAGCGGCUGAGGAUGCAGACAUGGAUGGAGAAGAUCCUGAGGAGGAGGAGGCCGAGUGUGAUCCAGAGAUAGAAUGUGAGGUGGAAGGCGAGAUGGCAGAGAUUGAAGGUGGUGAGGAUGCAGAGGUUGCAGAGGAGACUGUGGAGGAGAUAGCGCAGGAAGAGCAGGAGGAUGCAAUGGAAGUAGAGGAGGAUGGUGAAGGUGAUGCGCAGGUGGUUGCAGAGCAUGAGGACCAGGAAGAGAUAGAGGAGAAUGGAGAGCAGGACGCACAUGAUGAUGUUGAAGAGCAGGACGCACAGGAGAUAGAGCAGGACGCAGAGCAGAUUGCCGAAGAGUGCUUCACACCGCAAGAGGCUGAUGUCAAGGGAGAAGAUCCGGAGGAGAAGGCUGGUGUUGAAGGGCCUCCGGAUGAUGUUGACAUUGGUUUGUAUCACAGGAGGCCACUGGUAACGGCACCAGCUGUCAUCCCUCCAGAGGCCGAGGCCACGUUGGAGGCAGCAGUACAGGCGCAGCAGAAGAUUCGAAGUGCUCUCAAGGCCCCAGAAGAUGGUCCAGAGCUCGAGGAUGAGGUGGUGACACAGCUUCGUGAUCUUAAAGCCCGCUGCCUCGCAAUCCCAGAUGAUUUGCCGAGUACUGCCAAGAAUUUUGGCAGCAAUUUUGCCCCGUACUGCCAAGAGCCCAACAGUAUAGCUAGCUAG